UAUGGGAAAGAAAUUCAUUAUUUUUGGAAUCUUGGUUUGGAUAACUCUGAAUCUGAGUUGCAAUGAUGCGGUCGUAUUUAAGUUUACGAAUGCAGUUUGCGAGAGCUACAACAAGUCGUGGAUAGUCAUAAAUCAUUGUCGUCUGCAUGCAAUCAGCCGGAAUAAGACAGUUUUUAAUUUUAAUGGAACGGUUCUGUAUCCAUGUAACGACAUUUUUAUUGAGGCUCAAAUUUUCAAGAAAGCAAACGGUUAUAAGCCAUGGCUUUUUAAGACGACUGUAGAUGCUUGUCGAUUCGUCAAGAAGUAUAAUCCCGUUGCCAUUUUGGUUUACAACCUGUUUAAGGAGUUCACUAAUGUUAAUCACACGUGUCCUUAUGUGUUUCACAAUACGUCAGUAUAUGUGAAUGUAUCUGAAGGUACCUUUUAA